GCCAGCGGGGCACCGGGGCCGCGCGCAGGCGCGGGGCCGCGCGGGCGGUGUCGGGCGAUGAGCGGCAGCGCCGAUCUGGAUCCCGCGGCCCCGGCCCCGGCCGCCCCCGCGCCGCCGGCCCCCGCGCCCGCCGCCGACAACAAGCCCAGCCCGGCCGCCGGCGGCAGCGGCGUUCCCGGGGCGCCCCCGGGCGCGGGGGGCGGCGCGGCGCGGGGGGCCGAGGGCGGAGCGGCCGGCGGGAGGGGGCCCGCGCCCGUCUCAGCCGCAGUGGCCGCGGCCCCCCCGGAAGGGGCCAUGUCCAACGGGGUCUACGUGCCACCCGGCGCGGCCAACGGGGACGUGAAGCCGGUGGUGUCCACGACGCCGCUUGUCGACUUCCUGAUGCAGCUGGAGGAUUACACACCCACGAUCCCAGACGCUGUCACGGGCUAUUACCUCAACAGAGCAGGAUUUGAGGCCUCCGACCCACGCAUCAUCCGCUUGAUCUCUCUGGCCGCACAGAAGUUUAUUUCUGACAUCGCCAACGACGCGCUGCAGCACUGCAAGAUGAAGGGAACGGCCUCGGGCAGCUCCCGCAACAAGAGCAAGGAUAAGAAAUACACGCUGACCAUGGAAGACCUGACGCCAGCACUUGCGGAAUACGGCAUCAAUGUGAAAAAGCCGCAUUACUUCACAUAAAGACUGAGGGGUUGUCACUGGGAGCUUUUCUGGGGUUAGUUCGGUGCCAUUAAACAGCCGGGCAGGUC